AUUUAGGCGGAGAGUUGGAGUUGGACACGCAGGACUCGUGAGGAGACUGGAGUGGAAAGGAGAGGACGGAUCAGUGAGCCAUGGCGGUUUCCCUCCGUUUUCGCUCGCUUUUCCUGUUUCAGAUCCUGUCAGGUUUAGUUGUUCAGAUCCUCAGCGUUACAGUUGGGAUCAACUAUGGCCAGAUUGCCAACAAUCUCCCAUCUCCUUCACGAGUUGCCGUCCUCCUUGAAUCUAUCAAUGUUAACAGAGUAAAACUUUAUGAUGCUGAUCCAAAUGUCCUGCAGGCCUUCUCCAAUUCUAAUGUCGAGUUCAUCGUAACAGUAGGAAAUGAAUUUCUUCAAACCAUGAAUGACCCCAAUCAAGCUAAGGCCUGGUUGCAACAACAUGUCCAACCCUAUGUUCCACAGACCAAGAUCACCUCCAUUACUGUUGGAAAUGAAAUCUUUGCUGGUAACGAUACCCAGCUAAUGUCUUAUCUCCUCCCAGCUAUGCAGAACAUCUAUAAUGGUCUUGUUUCCCUUGGACUAAAUGGUCAAGUGAAUGUCUCCUCUGCCCACUCAUUAGCCAUCCUAGCAAGCUCCUUCCCUCCUUCUUCUGGUAGAUUCCGGCAAGAUCUUGCACAAUACAUCCAACCCAUUCUCAAUUUCCAUUCUCAGACUAAUUCUCCUUUCCUUAUAAAUGCCUAUCCCUAUUUUGCCUAUAAAGCUGAUCCAAGUGGGGUUUCAUUACAGUAUGUUCUUUUUGAAGCUAAUUCAGGGGCGACUGAUCAGAAUACGAAUCUGAAUUACGAUAACAUGUUGUAUGCUCAAAUUGAUGCUGUUUAUUCGGCAAUGAAAGCGAUGGGGCAUACUGAUAUUGAAGUUAAAAUUUCUGAGACAGGUUGGCCAUCUCAAGGGGACUCUGAUGAACCUGGGGCUACCCCAGAGAAUGCAGGGCUUUAUAAUGGGAAUUUGUUGCAGAGAAUAGAGGAGAAGCAAGGUACUCCAAUGAGACCAUCAACUCCGAUCGACGUUUAUGUUUUCGCACUCUUUAAUGAGAAUCUUAAACCUGGGCCAACGUCAGAGAGGAACUAUGGGUUGUACUAUCCCAAUGGUUCUGCGGUUUAUAACAUUGGUUUGCAGGAGGCUAAUCUUCCGACUUCGACUAUGGUUUUUGCUUCUGCUUCUGGUAUUAAGGUGGCAUCUUUAUCAGCUUUCCUUAUCCUUUUCACAGCAUUUUUAAUCUGGGAUUGAGGGAGCCUAUUAGUUCUGUAAUCAGCCAAGUGAGGAGCGGAGAGAUCCAGAGCAGCUGAAGUGUUAGUGGCAACUCAUGUUUCCUAAUUUGAAGAGGAAUUUCUCAUAAAAGAAUUUUGAAGAGGAACUCUUAAGGCUGACAUAAACAACAACAAACAGAUGCUAUCCUUGCAACGUUGAUCCAAGCAUAGAUUCAACCCAGGAUUCACAUGUAACGGAAAGAUCUCUUCUUGAAAACUUUCCAACCAAUUCUGAUUUGGAAAGCCCAACAAGAGUUUGGCACCGUUGAAGGACAUCAUCGAUGGCUUCCAUCUCUGCAUGUCUGGUAGAAUUUCUGGUUUCAGUAGUACGGUUUCUUCCUGAGGCAAUGGCCACUCCAUUCUCGACCAUAACACAGCCUACUGGUACUUUGAAAACUGUUCCGAGGCAAGUUUUGCUUUUUCUAUAGCCAGAUCCAUAAAUGCAAGCGUAGGUGGUCGAAUCUCUCUCUUGAAGUCAUCCAUCCAGGGACUAGAGCGACCUUGUCGCUGGAUGCAGAGAUUGAUAGUCGGGCGCAGAUGAACCUCCUCUUCUGUAGUGCCAAUGACCGACAACCUAAGACGCACGUGUGGUCAUAAUCGUUGCCGCAUAUGGCGGUGUGAGUAGGGGGAAGUGUACCCAAACAAGGCGUGUGGAAUGUGGAUAUGCACUAGGCAGGGCCGCAGGGUCCUGAUAUGACGCAUCCACGAAAGGCUCAGGUCAUGUGAUACCAUGUGCUUCUCAUUAAGGAAAUCUUAGGCCAUGUAUCACAUGCGUGUGUCACUUAUUCCAUAGACCAUCCAUCUCUUUCACGUUUUUCUUAACUCCCGAUGUAAAAACAAGG